AUGACGGGUUCCACUGAGGGGGACGUUGAGUCGGCGGGGCCGGUCCUGGAAAAACUGAACGAUCUCGAGAAUGGGUCAAUUAACCAACAGCGAUUGAUCCACAAAUUGGAACAAGAGGUAGUCGACACCAAGGAAGAGCUGCAGAAGGUCCGGCAACAGCUGCAGACCCUCCAGGCGUCUGUGAACCCAACGGUAAACAGCCAAGUGCAAAGCGGCCCGCGGGCGUCCUACGCAGACGCCGUGCGAACACCACCAAAGAGCCAGCCUACGAGCCCACGGUCGCUUUCUUCGAUGCGCACCACCACGUCCACAUCCACCGACACUCUGCACUGUACGAUAGACACGUCCAGGGUUGAGGAGCAAAACCAGGUCGAGGCGCAGGUAGGCACCAUCCGACGAGCGAUCGAAACAGAAGUCAAGGUGAGGGAAGGUCACGAGGCGUGGAGGUGCGCAGCAGUGAUCAAAGACCCCAGGAACACAAACCGGGUGAGGAUAGUGUGUCGCGAUGAAGCGGAAUUGCGGCGGGUGAAGGAGGCGGCGGAAAAGGUCGUGGUGCCGGGGGCGCGUGUCCUGAGGGAUCAACUCUACCCGGUCAAAGUCGACAGCGUCAAUCGAUCGGCGGUGCUGGACAGCGACGGGAAUGUUCUGACGGGAGCCGCCGAAGCUCUCGGCAAGGAGAACAACGUCACGAUUGCCAAGAUUUCAUGGCUCAGCAAGAGAGACUGCGGCAAGGCGUACGGGUCCAUGGUGAUUUACGUGACCAAGGGAAGCGAUGCGAAACGACUGCUCGACGGCACCUAUUUCGACCUGGCCGGCGAGUCUGCCUACAUCAACGUGUUUGAGCCGCGAGUCGGACCGGUGCAGUGUUACAACUGCCAGGAGCUGGGCCACAAGGCCUUCUCGUGCAAGAAGCCAAGGGCUUGCGGAAGGUGUGCGCAGCCUGGGCACGGUCACGGGCAGUGCCGGGCCGCAGAACCCAAGUGCGUCCUGUGCAACGGACCUCACGAGUCGUCCAGUCCAAACUGCCGAGUACGCAACCCGCCAAGGAAUGCAUAG